AUGUCGCUGUUCUUGUCCGGGUUUGCCCGCGCGGGGGCCCCCCUGAAAGCUGCAAAGACCCUGGGGGCCCUUGGGGCCUCCGUGAGGCCCUUUGCGAGCUACCAGGGCCAGAAAGUGACUUCUGAGCAGCUGCUGAAGAAGAACGACGAGUGGCUCAUCGAGGAAACCAACUUCUGCCUUGGACGCGUUGUUGAAACGCCGCUUUUGAAGUACACCUGGGACGAGACGUACACUGAGGCAUUUGACGAGUGA